ACGUGUUUCCGUUUCUCCUCCGGUUCUUUCUUUUUGACAACGACAGCCGACUAAGAACCUUUGUCGCUUAAACGUUCAACAUGGUUGCAGUAAAGAAACAGAAGAAGGCUUUGGAGAGCACCAAUGCGCGUCUAGCGCUGGUGAUGAAAUCCGGAAAGUACUGUCUGGGCUACAAGCAGACACUGAAGACCCUGCGUCAAGGCAAGGCCAAAUUGGUGUUGAUUGCUAGCAAUACCCCAGCUUUGAGGAAAUCCGAGAUUGAAUACUACGCCAUGUUGGCCAAAACUGAGGUCCAGCAUUACAGUGGCACCAACAUUGAGUUGGGUACUGCCUGCGGUAAAUACUUCCGUGUGUGCACCAUGUCCAUCACAGAUCCUGGAGAUUCGGACAUUAUUCGUUCUUUGCCAGACAAUUAAAUAGUUAAGCACUUAUAAUUAUCUGCAAGAAAAUAUAAAAAAAUUUUCCGGAA